ACAGCGCCGUACGUUGCACUCUGCAUACUAAUGUAGUGUUGAAAUGCUCUAAAAUUAUUACGACUUUCUCUUGUGUACACCGUUCACAUAAAUGUGGUGUGGCUUAAGAACGUGAGAGUUGCUCAAUGACCUGAUUUUAGAGAAAAUGACCACAAAGGUGGUUUAUUUUACUGUGGGAGGAAGGCCCGAGCAGGCGGAAUUCGCGACCGAUUUCCCAGUAGAUGAAAUCAAAGACUUGUUUCGCUGUGCCGCAGAAGCUGGCCCAUAUGAUAUUCUGAAACUCUACAACACGAAAGGAAAUAUAGUAAACAUCUCGCCUUCCCUUCCACAAAACACACCAGAUUCGCGGUAUCGCCUGGAAGUUGUCGCAGCGAAUUGUGCAAGCUGCGGCUUUUGCG